GACGUUUCUGCUCUUACCCUCAGGUGCGCUGAGAGGAAGUUGAGCAGAAGUUCAGCGGGGAAGCGGUGUUUGUCUCUUUUGAUUCGGGAAACAGUUUUUAUACUUUCUAUUACAGUGCGGUGGAGAAAUGUCUCCCCUGGGAGUUCAGCUGCUUGGCGCGUCCUGUACACGACUUUUACACCGCGGACCGGCCGCUCUCUAGCUGAGCUAACGCUAGCUAACCUAACCUAGCUAAGCUAGUUAGCUAACUAACUAACGUCCGGUCUGAGAGGCAGCGCGUGUCACACUUUAACAGGCAGUAAACAGGGAGUGUCACUUAGUUCAGCCAGUCGACAUGUUCUCAGUGCUCAGUCCCCGGCUUUAGCGGUCUAAGUAACCAGCUAGCUAACCUGUUUAACGUCGUUAGCUGGCUAACGUUAGCUGGUCAUGGAGCUGAUGCUGGAGCUGUCGGUGCUGCAGACUUUUACUGAUACUCGGAACCUGCUACAGUGAGGACAGAGUUGCAGAGUAAAAGUGAACAACAUGAAAUCUUUCGGCCCGCGGUCCUCAUUCUACGUGGGCUUCUUGGUGGGCACAUGCACCUUGUAUGUGUUCCUUCGUCAGGUGUGGUUUGCUAAAAACUUCUCUUCCCAGCACCCUGAGGGCCUGGCUGAUACGGCAGAGGAGAUAAAAUUGCUUGAAGAGGAACAAAAGAACUGGAAGAAAGAGAGAUCAGCACUCUUCAACCUUAACCAUCCGCACCACACAGGUGAAGACAGCACGGUAGCAGAUGCACUCUAUAAGCAGGUGCGCAUUCUUUGUUGGGUGAUGACUGGUCCCAACAACCUGCAGAAAAAAGCUCGUCAUGUGAAAGCAACAUGGAGUCGUCACUGCAACAUAGUCGUAUUUAUGAGCUCAGUAGAUGAUCCUGACUUUCCUGCAGUGGGCCUUAAUACAAAGGAGGGCAGAGACCAGCUCUACUGGAAAACAAUCCGUGCUUUCCACUAUGCGUUAGAAAAGCAUGGAGAAGAAGCAGACUGGUUCCUUAAAGCCGAUGAUGACACUUAUGUGGUAGUGGAUAACCUGCGGUGGGUCUUGUCUAACCACUCCCCCGACGAGCCUGUUUAUUUCGGCAGAAGGUUCAAACCCUACACUAAGCAGGGCUACAUGAGUGGAGGUGCGGGUUAUGUUCUAAGCAAAGAGGCUCUUAAGAGGUUUGUGGAAGGUUUCAGCACAAAGGUGUGCACACACACAUCCUCAGUGGAGGACCUUGCAUUAGGGCAGUGUAUGGAGAAGAUGGGAGUACUGGCUGGAGAUUCUAGAGACACGCUGCAUAGAGAAACUUUUCAUCCUUUUGUGCCAGAGCAACACCUCACCGGCAAAUUCCCUAAGAGCUUCUGGUACUGGAACUACUGCUAUUACCCUAUUGUAGAGGGGCCCCAGUGUUGCUCAGACUUGGCAGUGUCUUUCCACUAUGUGGAUCCAUCACACAUGUACCUGUUGGAGUACUACACUUAUCACUUGCGUGCCUUUGGCUACCGCUACCGCUAUGAGCCCCCUUUGCCUACUGGCCUUCAGGACUCCAAGUCUUUAGACCAAGGGGUGGAACAUCCACACGUCGACCAGAAACCAGAACCAGGACUUCAGGAAGUGGAACAGAAGGCUCCUGCUGUUGAUGAAAAGCUAUAGCACCCUUUUGUUUUUGCUCAAACUUCUUCUGACUUUGGGACCUCCUGGAAUUUUGUGUUGGGUAUUUUUUUUUUUUGAAAGGACUAACUUUGUAAUGUGCAAAAAAUCUGCUUCUGAAUCAUUUUGCAGUUGUGUGUGUGUGAGAGAGAGAAUUUUGGGUUGUGCUUGUAUAUGACUGCCGUUACAAGACAGACAGCUGGUAAAUGAAGACUUGCAGAUUUAUAGUGCCUCCCUGUGUGUGAGUACGUGUGUGGAGGGGAGGGGUGGCUUAAGAGUGUGUAGGCUUGUCUCUGAUGCCUUAGUUUUGUAUGCACAUGCAUCACUGACUAGAUUUACUUCUGCCUAGACCAAACAAACAGCACUCAACCAUAUUCAUUCCACUGGCUGGUGGAAGUCGAUUUGCUGGCCUAAGCAACUUUGUUAAUUUUCCAGCAAAGACGUAUUAAGUGCAGAUGGUGACAAGACACUCUUACAGAUUCGUUAGACAAAUGGUGAAGGCCUAAUCUAGGAGUUAUCUGAAGGUUUAGGGUUUUGUUUUUUCUCCAAUUUACAGUGGAGUCCAAAAUUAUUGAGACCACUAGUGAACAUGUUCCUAUUUGUUCAUAUUUUUUCCAUAGUUUAGCUUUAAAAUUAAAUUAUUAUACACAUUUAAUGGAAAAGAUUAACAAAAUAAAAAUAGAUUAUUUAACAAGUACUUAAGAAUUUUGUGCCUUUUUCAGACGUUGUUUUGCUGUUCUGUCAUGCGUAGUUCUAUCCCACUUUGUUACAGCUUUUUUUGUACAAACGAAUCAAUUUGAUUACAAAUUUGGUUUUGUAUUUACAAAGUGUUAUCUCAACUUUAUACAUUUCUCGUGUUUUUUUUUUCAGGAUUAGAAAACUUUAGAAUGUGAUUUCACACUUUAGACCCCACAAUUCACUUGUCUGAUGUAGUAUUGAUAUUUUUUCUGGAUAAAACAGCCACAAUUUUUGCACAUUAUGCAGACUUUAAAGUAAGUGACAAGUGACACAUGCACAUCUGCGUCAGCAGUGGGUGGAGUUUAUAGUUAUAAUGUGUUUGUUUGUUUGUGUAUACAUAUAAAUGCACAUACACACAUUAUAUAAUGCAAUAUAAUAAAAUAAAAUGUAAGCACAAUCUGACAAAAAGAAAUAGAUUGGCUUUACAUAACUAAGUUUAAUCUAUUAAGAUAUGUCUCAGACAGUUUCUAAUGUCCAUAUUCUAUUUACAGUUUGUGUCUGUACAGCUGUAAGGAAGCCUAAUGCCACACAUUCUCCUCUCCCAUGUAUGCCUCUGUUUUUGGCUGGGUGUGAAUGAAUCAGAAAACCCACUAUUGUCCUGAAUGGUCUCAUCAGUCACUUUACUUGCUGAUGUCUAAUUUAACAUGUGAUGUUUGAAUUUAAUAAUGUGGGGUUUCUUUACAUCUCUUUUAGAACCCAAAUGUGUUGUGUGCUCUCCACUGCUUUAUGCUAACAGCACUGUUCAUCACACAGACAUUUUGAUAUCCUAUAUUAUCUUCUGUCCUGCUUCUUUCUUUUUUCCUGCCACAUGGAAUUGCUUAGUGAAAGCAUAUAUGAUUGCAAACCUGGCCUGAAAGUCAGGCUGAGUUUUUUUAUACAGUGCUGGAUAAUGCUCUACAGCCCUGGAUCUGUGGUUGAGUGAUUCAGAGCUGUAGAGGCUGUUCUGUUUUGCGUACUGUGAGUACUGCAGCUCGUGCCUUUUACACCUCAACCCAUUUACGCACCUUACUGUUAUUGUUUGUUUGACAGUUGGCAAUAUUAGAAGAAAAGUUAACAUAGGAGUUUCAGAUGGUUCUUUUUCCAGAUACCAAACAAGCACCUUUCCAAGACAUCGUAUAAAUAUUAAUCUGAAAUAAUGGUUGCCUUUCACCUCACCUCUUAACUUUGAUUGUCUGAAAGUUGUUUGUAUCUGCUCAUCCACACCCAUAUCAGAGGCGUUGUGCCAAUUCUGUUUCUCUGUCCUUCACAACCGUUCAGUCAGCCAAACCAGUUGAAGGAAAAAUAAGAGUUUGCUGAGUGAUUGGAAAUGACUGAAGUCUACACUGUUACUGCUCUGUCAGAGGCAAUAAUAGUUCUGGCAGAGAAGAGAUUAAUGGAAGGUUUUUGUCUGAUACUUUUUUCCCCUUUUACUCAGGCAGCUUAUAUCAUUUGUUCAUUUUACCAUCAUUGCACAGUUACUUACAUGAAAUGUGUUGUAAUUCUGAAACCACUAAAGUCCUGUGAAAUAAAGUAGUGGGUCUAAUGCUGAAUUUAGUUUAUCUUGGAUGUCUGAGGUGGAAAACAGAAAUUCAUUGUUAGCAUUGUCGAAUGUUAGCAUUGCUAGUGUUAACAGUUGAUAACGCAUUGUGCUUUAUUUUGCCCAUCCAAACAGUAUGGAAACGUGUCCACAGUUAGAAGUUGGGCAGUACUGUGUGUAAGGUUGAUUUAAUGAUUCAAAAAUAGGAGAAGUGCUAAUAAACCAGUAUAAUACUGCUGCUUUUACUGCUGUUGAUCUGUUGGGGCAGCCAUCUUGGAUUAUGAACUCCGGGUCUGUGAGGCUCUUCCAAUGUUCGUAGUAGGAAAUCCUACCGGAUGGAUCAUUUCAGUUAAAAUUUCCUGCUUGGAACUAGUAAAUUUCAACAUCCAAGAGCACAUAAUUAGCUGUUAUGUUUAAUCAGAGGAGACUUUGAACUUGAAGUGAUUGUAUAUCAACAUAAACCAAAUCUGUUUGUGUUUAUUAUAUUUUAGCAUGGGAAUAUUUAGUGAUUGGUCGUGGUUUUUAUUUGUUUUUUAUUCCUUUAUUCAUAGGAUUGGGAGAUUUUUGUGUAGGAUUUAACACUAUACAUAAAGUGAGUGAGAGGGUCAGUAUAUGAAGAUUGUUUGUGUGACUACGUAUAAAAAGUCUGGAUUAUUUUUUUUAUAAUUUGUAACAAAUUAUGUAGAAAUAUAUAGAUUUGGUUCCUAAACUUGUCCACCCCCCUUCUGUCAAAUAGUGCUGGAGGUGACAGUUCAUUUCAUGCACAGAUAAAUAUUCAAAGGUUAUGUAACAUCAAAGGGGUGAAUCUUCAUGGCCUUUUAUCUAGUAGUGUUUAAUGUUACAGGUGCAGCAAAGUGUUCUGAUUGAUGCUGGCAGCCUUUUAUGGGUUGUGUCUGUGUGUGUGUGUAUGUAUGUGUGUGUGUGUUAAGCGAUCCUCAACCCUUAUCAGCAUAACGAAAAGGAAAUUACAGUGAUAUGUCAGAAGAUUCCUGUUACUCUGAUAAUAAGUUUAAGGAAUGAUGAGAUCCACAGUGCUUCUUAUCUCACACCUCCUUUUCACAUUCUGAAUUAUCAUAUAUGUGUUUCUGCUCUCUAAUCCAAAGGUACAGAGGUACCCUUCCUCUCUGAUUUGUGUGUAAAAGGGAAUUAUGUACAGUCAUUUCACAGCAGUCUUUAUUUGAAGAGGAAUGCCUGGUGUGAACAGUUCAUGAAAGAAAACAAACAUGAAUAUCAGAGAGGUACAGUGACCAGCAUACUGAAUAAAGACUUAUUUUACUGUAAA